AUGGACUUCUCCUUCAGCAGCCCGCCGCCCUCCUCGCCAUGGGGGUACCCGGAUCCGUCGUCUCCAGUGUUACGAACCCCUCUUUCCACACCAGACCGCUUCAUCUCCGACCGCCACUCGCAGGACAACGACAUGUCGCACUUUUUCCUAACCACGAAGGAAAACACAGUUCCGCUUCGAGCGAGCCCCGAUCGACGAGGAGGCUCCGUCUCGCUCACGGCAUCAACCCACCGCGCCACGAGUCUUGGUUUUGACGCAGAUGGCGCUCUUGGUGCCGCGGAAGGUGCUGGAAGUAUUGGCAAGGCGAGGAAAUACGCCAUGGAUUCUACCCCCUCUGACACACCUGUGCUAGCGACAGAGCCGUACGCAAACAAACUUGCCCGGACACUCUUUCCGGACUCACAGUCGACUGUUUUAGGGAUUCACAGUCAGGUGCUUCUUCAAUACCAAACACCUGAAUCCGAAAAAGAGCGAUACCGGAACUCGCUAGGUGUUGUCUUUGAAGAAAAUCGAGCAAGAAACUUCCGUUCAAAGACAUUUCGUGUCGUUGCACGUGCCCCAGAGCGUAUUCUUGAUGCUGCUGACAUGAUCGACGAUUUCUAUCUUCAGCUCAUUGAUUGGUCCUCGAAGGACAUUCUUGCGGUUGGUUUGCAAGGUGCGGUAUAUUUGUGGGAUGCAAAGACGUGCAAUAUCACACAUCUCCCUUGCCAACGACCUCCCAAUGGUAUUUUCUGUGGAGUCACCUGGAGUGAAGACGGUAACCUUUUGGCUCUUGGUACAGACGAUGGUUCUCUGGAGAUUUGGGACGUAGAAAUGCAGCGUAUCACGAGACGCCUGUAUCAACAUACGGAUCGCGUUGGUGCCCUUUCAUGGAAUGGCAGUGCGAUUGCGAGUGGCAGCAAAGAUGCGAGUAUCCGUGUGAAUGAUCUACGUGACCCCGUGGAGUCGUGGACGUUGCGCUGUCAUCAACAAAGUGUGUGUGGGCUUCGAUGGUCCCCAGAUGGUGUUCGCAUGGCUAGCGGCGGCAAUGACAAUCAGCUGCUUCUGUGGGACAGUCGUACCUUCUCCGUGAGAUCACAGCCUGUGCUGCGCCUCAACAAACACACGGCUGCUGUCAAGGCGAUUGCGUGGAAUCCGGUGCAGCAUAACCUUCUCCUGAGUGGGGGAGGCUCGGAGGACAAGAUGUUACGUUUUUGGAACACGUCAACCGGUGAAUGUAUAAAUUGCCAUAAUGCCGAAAGUCAAGUGUGUGGUGUGUUGUGGAAUCUCAGCGGCACAGAACUCGUCAGUUCCCACGGCUUCUCGCACAACCGGUUGACGAUCUGGAAAUACCCAACUAUGCGGCGAGUGGCGGAUCUCACGGGCCACACGUCACGUGUGUUGCAUCUCUGCAUGUCAACAGACGGCGAGGUGGUUGCCUCCGCUGCGGGGGAUGAAACAAUUAGAUUUUGGCGCUGCUUCCCUCCAUGUGAAAGAAACGGUAGAAGAUCUUCUCGUCUUGGAGUUUCCCGUGGCGAAAACUUCCAUCAGAUGUCAAGCCAGAGCAGUUCCCCUCAUGUGGAAGCCUUCCUACGCGAUGAGCUUGCGCUGCGCUAA